GGCGGAAAGGCUCCACUCGUGGGCCUUUGUCACCUGCGUCCCUAGCUGACCCUGCCAAGUGGUUGGGUCUUUGAAACUGGGGGAAACUGAGUCCCGCAAGACCUGGGCAUUUCAGCCAGAGAUUGGAAUAGGUCCAGAGGGUGCUGCUCUCACCCUGCUCAGACCUCUGGGUGGGCGGAGGAGAGCUCAGUGGUGCUUGGUGCCUGGGUCACGUGACAACCUAGGCUCUGCCACGUGGGCUCAGGUCGCAGCCAGUUGUCCCGCCCUCAGGUGGUGGAGUCAGGACGCAGUUCCCGGCGGCCCUUGCGGGGGACAGGUGAGCUGCUCGCAGGCCCAGGCCGUAGGCCCCUCCCGGGACUCAGGAGUGGUGUCCCCGGAAACUCCGCGGGACCCGCGCCGUGCUGCUACCGGGGCGUGGAUGCCCUCACUUGCUGGAUGGGCAGUGCGAGGCUCCGGACGUGGCGUCAGGACUCUGAGCUGCCCUCGGCCUGCAGGCUGACUGGGGGCCGGGUGUGGGCAUGGCGGAGCCGCUGGCGUUUGUCCUGAAUGUUCCUGGGAGCCCAGGGGACCAGGACCAGGAGCUCAGCCCCUAUGAUGAGAGCGAGGUGCACGACUCCUUCCGCCAACUCAUCCAGGAGCAGAGCCUCUGGGCUGAGGAGGAGCUGGAGCUGCAGCCCAGGGAGCCGGCUGCCAGGACACAGGGGCCACCAGGCGCUGGCCUGCUGACCGUCCCCGGGCCCGAGGCUGCCCCUGCCUACCGCCCGCCCCGCCUCGCCACGGCCACGCUUCGCAUCUUGGCCAGCAUGCCCAGCCGCACCAUCGGCCGCAGCCGGGGCGCUGUCAUCUCCCAGUACUACAACCGCACGGUGCGGCUGCGGCCGCCUCUGCCCCGCGUGGGCGCCAUCUCCCCUGCGGUCCCCGCGUCCCCCCGCCCCCCUCAUGCUGUGGCCCCAGGUGGCCUGAGCCGCUCCCUGGUGCCCGUCGUGUGCCCGGGGAGCCCCAGGACGGUCCUUGACCAUCACUGCCCUGCAGCGUCCUCCCUGGUGAGGCUGUGGCAGUCUGGGUGUGGGCAGCUCCUGACUUGGCCGCGCCUCUCCUCCCAGGGCUGCCUCACCCACACCGUCAUGUACUACGGCUACUAAAACGGCACGCUGAACCCGCCAUGCGGCUCCUCAGAGGGUGGCCAGUGCACCCCCGGGGCGGGCGGCCUGCCCUACAACAUGCCCCUGGCCUACCUGCUCACCGUGGGCAUGGCCUUCUUUGUCACCUGCAUCGCCCUGGUGUACAGUAUGUCCCACUCCUUUGGGGAGAGCUACCGGGUGGGCAGCACGUCGGGGGUCCACGCCCUCACCGUCUUCUGCUCCUGGGACUACAAGGUGACUCAGAAAUGGGCCUCCCGCCUGCAGCGGGACAACCUCCGCACCCAGCUGAAGGAGUUGCUGGCCGAGUGGCAGCUGCAGCAAGGCCCCCGGAGCGCGUGGGGGCGGCUGCGGCAGGUGGUGGUGCCCGGGGCCGUGUGGCUGCUGUGCCUCGGGACCUCGCUGGGCUGCGCCAUGGCCGUGCACGCCUUCUCGGAGGGCACGAUGGAGAGCCUGGUGGCCGCUGACCAGGAGGCGGCGCUGCUGGCCCUGCCCCUGGUGGUCAGCACCAUCAACCUGGGGGCUCCCUACCUGUACCGCGGUCUGGCCGCCCUGGAGCGGCAUGACUCGCCCGGGCUGGAAGUCUAUGUGUCCGUCUGCAGGAACCUCAUCCUCAAGAUGGUCAUCCUGGGCGUCCUCUGCUACCACUGGCUGGGCCGCAGGGCAGGCCCCCUGCAGGGCCGGUGCUGGGAGGACUUCGUGGGCCAGGAGCUGUACCGCCUCACGGUCGUAGACUUGGUCUUCGCGCUGCUGGACACGCUCUUCGGGGAGCUGGUGUGGAGGCUUAUCUCUGAGAAGAAGCUCAAGAGGAGACAGAAGCCUGAGUUCGACAUUGCCCGGAAUGUUCUGGAGCUGAUAUACGGGCAGACUCUGACCUGGCUGGGGAUCAUCUUCUGCCCGCUCCUCCCUGCCGUGCAGGUCCUCAAACUGCUGCUGCUGUUCUACGUCAAGAAGACGAGCCUGAUGGCCAACUGCCGGGCGCCCCGCAGGCCGUGGCGCGCCUCGCACAUGAGCACCGUCUUCCUCACGCUGCUCUGCUUCCCGUCCUUCCUGGGCGCCGCCGUCUUCCUCUGCUACGCCGUCUGGCAGGUGAAGCCCUCCAGCGCCUGCGGCCCCUUCCGGACCCUGGACACCAUGUACCAGGCGGGCACUGUGUGGGUGCGCCACCUGGAGGAGGCGGGCCCUAGCGUGGCCUGGCUGUCCUGGGUGCACCGCUACCUGGUGGAGAACACCUUCUUCAUCUUCCUGGCCUCUGCCCUACUGCUGGCAGUGAUCUACCUCAACAUCCAGGUGGUGAAGGGCCAACGCCAGGUCAUCUGUCUCCUCAAGGAGCAGAUCAGCAACGAGGGGGAGGACAAAAUCUUCUUAAUCAACAAGCUUCACUCCGUUUAUGAGAGGAAGGAGAAGAUGGAGAGGAGCAGGGUUGGAGGAACGCAGGAGGCUUCUCCAGGCGCUGCCGAGUUCACAGGUGGGACAGGGACCGGCUUCCCAGACUGACCUCGCACCCCAAGUCACCCUGUUCCCAGGGCCCUAUGGCCCCAGAUGCCGAUGAACCUGCAGACCAGCCAGCCACUGGGACAGUGAAGUGACCCUGCUUCCCUUCCUGCUGGAGCCAGAUGGGGGCAGGCUUGGGCUGCCCCAGGGGACCCCGCCCUGCCCUGUCCUGGACCCUCUUUUUCUGAUUAAAUGGGUUUUGCAAAAUGGG